AUGCCGAUGGUUAAAGUCAGACCCAUCGAAGACGAUAUUAGUAUCGUCUCUUUCAACUAUGACGAUGUGAAAAUUGGAAACGAUAAAGAUGGGGAUGCACGGGAGGAAGUUUGUGAUGAAAAGGUUGAUGAGAAUAAGAAGAAGGUUGAGAAGAAAAAGCGCAAUCGAGUGAGUCGGUUCUUCUCAACAUGGACGUCGACGGUGCCGGAGGCAGUAGGUGUUACGGGGCUGAGGUACAUUACUAGCAGUCAAGACAGUAUCCUUAGAAGAUUCGUGUGGUACGUGGCAAUCUUCGGUGGGAUGGGUGCACUCUUUUACCAGGCAACCGACAGAGCUGUGUACUUCGUUGGAAACUACAAGACUGUGGAUGUAGAUAUCGAGUACGGCUCUGAGCUGGUUUUCCCUGCGAUCACAAUAUGUAACUACAAUACAUUCAGAAACCUUGACUUGGACUCCCUUCCAUUUGGUCAAAUGUUGUCCGAACUUAAUGGCUUCAUACCGACUCCAGUUAACUAUACUCAUUACGCAAUACUCAUGGGUGACAUUAACGCUACGGAGUUGUAUCUAUCGCUGGCUCACAUUAUGGACCACGGAGAAAUGUUUAAUUUCGGAACAUGGGAUGGUUUUACUUUCAUCACUCCACAAGUGUUCACCCGAGUAAUCACCGACUUCGGUGUCUGUCACACGUUUAAUGGAGGGUUCGACGGGGAAGAGCUGAGGAAAGUCCAAGUUGCAGGGAAAGGUCACGGCUUGUCCCUACUGCUUGACGUGCAGCAGUACCACUACUAUUACUCCAAGUCAUUGCAGUAUUCGGCUGGCGUGGUUGUUGCCAUACACGACCAGGAUGAUAUACCCUUAGUAGAAUCAUUUGGCUUGGCCGUAGCACCAGGCACAGAGGCAAGGAUUGGUAUUAAGAAAAGACAGGUGAAUAAUCUACCGCCCCCUUACGGCGUGUGCGGAUCAAGAGAUCUCAAGUAUUUCUCGUCUCCUUAUUCAAUGCAUAAAUGCCAACGUGAAUGUCUCAUCGACUACAUACAGGCAUCGUGUGGCUGCGUGGAACCAUACAUGGCUGUGAGCGACAAUAUGACAGUCUGCAAUCCAGCAAUAAUUUUUUCCUGCGUCCAUUUUCUCGCAUAUAAGUUGAAUGUUAAAGACGAGUGCGACUGCCCUGUCACGUGUGAAUCAACCACGUACACAACCAGCCUCUCCUACUCCCGCAUGCCUUCGGAUUUUUACAGCCAAAAACUGCUAGACUAUGUGGCUGAACUGGGCCACGCGGUGGAAGAAGACCAUUUCCUGGCUAACAGUGUGAUGCUCCAGCUGUAUUUCGAAGAAAUGACAACCGAAGUAAUCACCCAACGUGAAGCCUACACUUUCUUUGCAUUUUUGUGUGACAUUGGAGGCUCCAUGGGCUUGUGGCUUGGAGGGAGUAUUUUGACGAUUGUUGAAAUAUUUGACCACCUGUUCCAGAUUGCGUUUAUCGAAGGAGCGACCAAAUAA